GAUGGGACAGCCUCUGUUGUCAGUUGCCACCCAAGACGUGAUUCAGCUCCAACAAUCCCCAUUAUCUGACGCUACGGGACGAAGCUGGACCGAUGACGAGUGUUUCCUCGGCUCUUUGUUGGCUUUUUUUCUUCUUCUCCUUUAGGUCCACACCCCACCCUCACUGAGCCGCACUCACCCAGGUACUCAGCGGAGGAGGGGUCUUUAAAAGCGCGCGUCCUGGAGUGGUGUUUGUGUAAACACGCAUCCCUGUUUGGAGAGCGCGUAAAGUGGAUUCACUGGGAGAAAGGAGGGGAUUCUGGUUCCGAAUAAGCUUCAUUUCGUGGUCUGUUUUUUUAAAUGUCCAAACAAACCCGGUUCGGGUUGAAAUAAAGGGAUGGCAGCACCGAGCAGGUUCAGUUUUUCGGUCCGGAGCAUCCUGGACCUGCCUGAGCAGGAGGUGGAGGCGGCGCCGCGCUCCUCUCCGGUGUACUCCACCUGCUCCUCCAGCCCACCCUACUGGACCCACUGCGACCGGAGCCCCUGCGUGUCUUGUGAUGAGGGACACCCGGAGCCCUGCCCAGACCCCACCGAGCCGGACCAGUGCCCCCUGAACUCGGAACCCGAGAGGAGCAGGAAGAGCAAGAAGCGCCGCGUCCUGUUCUCCAAGGCGCAGACCCUGGAGCUGGAGAGGCGCUUCCGCUUGCAGCGCUACCUGUCCGGUCCGGAGCGGGAGCAGCUGGCCCGGAUCCUCAGCCUCACCCCGACCCAAGUCAAGAUCUGGUUCCAGAACCACCGCUACAAGAUGAAAAGGGGCCGGGCGGAGGGCGCGCUGCUGGACCCGGACGUGCCGCAGCCCCCACUGCUGCUGCGCAGGGUCGUGGUUCCGAUCCUGGUCCGGGACGGGAAGCCGUUUCGCACCUGUUUACUGGAGCCGGAGAAAGCCGGCAGCUCUUCCUCCCCUCCGCUGCCGUUCCCUGUCCCCUUCCCUCCCCCCGCCGCUCUGCCCCCCCGCUACCAGCAGCACUUCCCGGCCUCCGGACUCGCCUGGAGGGACUUUUGGAACGAACCGGUCCGGUUCCCAUCGUUCAAGUGAGCUCUUCAACAGAACACACUCAUUUGGAAAGACAUCAAAUGUUUUCUAAAUGUUUUAAAGCCUCUCAAACAUUUAGAGGUUUUUACUUUAGAAUGAAAGAUGUUUUUUUGCACAAACAUUUCAGUUUUUCUGUGUUGAAGUUUUGUUUUUAUUGUUUUGAAAUAAAAAUAUGAAGAUAUUCUCUGACAUGAAGCUGCUUUUCUAUCCUCUCUGGGUU